CAUAAUGACAUCCCCCGAUAAAUAAAAUAAAAUAUUUCCCUUCGAAGGCUAAGACAAAAUCUCGGAUUUCUCGUUUGUUUCCGCGUUCCGGUCUUACAAUUAAUCAAUCUCCUCCGUAUUCGCAUUCGCCAUUCCAACCCUUUUUCAGAUCACUACUGUAUCCGGGUAGAUAUGGCACUUGGUGCCAUAAUAAUGAGUAAGCAGCAUCUGCUCACCUACAUGUACCUUCUAGUUUACAUUUCACUUUCAUCAGGGGUUAUUCUCUAUAACAAGUGGGUCCUCUCCACAUUGUAUUUCAACUUUCCAUUUCCAAUAACACUCACUAUGAUCCAUAUGGCUUUUUCUGGCGCUGUGGCCUUUGUGCUUAUCCGGGUUCUCAAGGUUGUAUCACCUAUUAAGAUGACAUUACAUAUAUAUGCAACUUGUGUGGUCCCUAUAAGCGCCUUCUUUGCCGCAAGUCUGUGGUUUGGGAACACUGCCUAUUUAUUCAUUUCUGUCGCCUUCAUCCAGAUGCUUAAAGCCCUGAUGCCUGUGGCAACAUUUCUGGUGGCUGUGACUCUUGGAACUGAGAAAUUAAGGUGUGACGUGUUCUGGAACAUGGUGCUGGUCAGUGUUGGAGUUGUAAUUUCCUCCUACGGGGAAAUUCAUUUUAAUGUAAUCGGUACAGUUUAUCAGGUCACAGGAAUAAUUGCUGAAGCGUUGAGGCUGGUCUUAACUCAAGUUCUUCUUCAAAAGAAGGGCUUGACACUAAAUCCUAUUACCAGCUUGUAUUACAUAGCACCUUGCAGCUUUGUAUUUCUUUUUAUCCCAUGGUAUAUCCUUGAGAAGCCUGAGAUGGAAGAUCCGCAUAUGCAAUUUAACUUCUGGAUAUUUUUCUCAAAUGCGCUUUGUGCUUUGGCGUUGAAUCUUUCAACUUUCUUAGUGAUUGGUAGAACUGGGGCAGUAACUAUUCGAGUGGCUGGAGUUUUGAAAGACUGGUUACUUAUCACUCUUUCUACUGUCUUAUUUCCUGAGUCAAAGAUUACAGGGCUUAAUAUUACUGGCUAUGCUAUUGCUUUAAGUGGCGUUGUUUUAUACAACUACCUGAAGGUCAAAGAUGCUCGCACAUCUCAACUUCAAAGUACCCAAGAUGAAUCAACAAAGGAGUUACAGAUGGAGAAAAAGGCAGAGGAUGAUGUGAUCAGCAAUGAGGAGACAUUACAAAAUGAUUUAGUUUCCGAUACUCAUUUUGAUGAAGAAGCGCCUUUAAUCUCUUCGCGGAUAUCACAUCUGGGAAGAAAACCAGCUUAGCUGCAAUCUAGCUUAGAAGCCAUAUAACAUCUGAUGUUGGAAGAAAGCCAGCUUAUUAACAAUCUAGCUUUUAGAGGCAAAGAGCUUAAAGGAACCAAAUCAAAGUUUUUGUCUGAAUGUUUCUGCCCAAAAAGAACAGAGAAAGAUCUUAACAAGGAGGAAACAGCAAAGGAGAAAGAAGCAGAGUGGAGGAAACAUACAAAUUCUUUUUGCAGAGUUGGUUUCCUUCAUGUUAAAAUUAUUCAUUAGUAAAUCGAAUCAUUCUUGUAUAGAGGGGGUGCUUAACCAUGCAGUGAAGGUUCUGUCUUUUUCCAAAUUGACCUCUUAUAACUUUGACUGAUGAUUCUUGAGUUACAAUUGUAGUCAUUAUUCCCUUUUAGCUAUUUUCUCAGCUGAUGCCAGGCUGAAACUAGAUUGAUAGAAGUUAAUUAAAACUGACAGAGUAAUUGAAACUUUCUACUAACAUUCA